CUGGACGUUUACACCUGUUUUGCAUAAGGAAUUAUUAUUAUUAUAUUAUGUUGCUGCACAUGACCUACACAUAAAACUAAAACAUUUCCUUGUUCUAUAAUAGUAUAAAAACACGGCAAAGCUGUUCUUUCUUGGCAAAGCGGCUGACAGCCCCUCAGUAACAGCUCGAGGCAUGCAAAGUAGUCUCGCGCUUCCCAUUACCAUAUAUAGCUCGAACCGGCGCGCACAAGAGCAGACGGAAACGUCUCGGAGAAAUUAAAACGUUUCCAUGUCAUCAGAUGUGGACAAAUUCACGUUUAUUGCUAAGCUGACAUCUCCCGACUUCAAGGGGUAAACCACAAACCAGUUGCGUAGAUUUCGAUGGGCGAAGAAAAGUCUGAGACGCACAGAAACAUCGCACAGCAGUGAAUGAGAAAUCCACAGAUAGUGAACGAUCAUGUCGACACUGCUGGAUCUGAAGAGCAGUGUGCUGAGGCAGGUGCAGAGGAGCCAGUCUCUGAGGACCAGGAGGGAGCCACCGGCCAGUACCAGCACUGGAGGGAGUCCCCCGACACUUGCCCGCCGCUCUGGCACCAUCGUACACAGGGUUGCCAGGGGAAACGGGGAUUUCUUUGACCGCAUGAAUAAAAUCCUCCAGAAACAGGAUAGUCUGCUGUCUGCCGGCCAAACUGAGGAGGAGAGCAGCUGUGCUCCUCCACCCCCGGAGUGCAAAGACCAGGCUUUUGUUCCAGAGCGAUCCACCAGGGAUGAGCUGGAUUUGUUGUAUGAGGAGGCAAUCUACACCGUGGUUAAUCGCGUUGGGGUACCAUCACCAGAAUAUGUUACCAACGAAGGGGACAUUUUCAGCUACCUGCAGAAGGUCUUUGAUAUGGGUCAAGAGGAGCAUGACAUCAUCCUUCAGAGAGUCAGAGAAUCCAAGAAAGCCAGCUUUUCUCUCAGGGUCUCUGUAAUGAAAGGCAAGAAUCUCAUGGCGAAAGAUGCAAAUGGCUAUAGUGACCCCUACUGCAUGCUGGGAAUCCUCUUGGGACAGUCACCCAAAGACACUGAGGAGAAGAAAGAGAGGAAGUUCAGUUUUCGCAAGAGACGGGAAAAGUUAGAGAAGCGCUCGAGUGUUAAGGAAGUGCUGGCGGGCCGAGAUAUCCAGGUGACCGAAGUCAAACCAGAGACUCUUAACCCAGUGUGGAAUGAACACUUUGUUUUUGACAUUGAUGAUGUUCACAAUGACCUGCUCCAUCUGGACAUAUGGGAUCAUGAUGACGAUGUUUCUGUUGCGGAAGCCUGUAAGAAACUGAAUGAAAUUAGUGGAUUCAGAGGAAUGGGCAGAUAUUUCAAGCAAAUUGCCAAAUCCGUGAGGGCUAACGGGGCUGCUGCAUCAGGAAGCGAAGAGAAUGCUGAUGACUUCCUGGGUUGCAUCAACGUCCCGCUGAAUGAGAUCCCAGUCGUUGGUUAUGAUAAAUGGUUUAAGCUGGAGCCCAGAUCCAGCGCCUCUAAAGUUCAGGGAGAAUGUCACCUGAUUCUUCGUCUAUUUACCACUCAGAGAGACACAGCCUUGAGUAAAAUGGCUUCCAAUGUGACCAUUCACAAGAAGAUGCUGAGCCAGAUUCUGGACUAUGAACAUAAUCAAAUUCAGAAAGAGCCUUAUAACUGGAAUGGACAAGUGUGUGCGGCUGCAUGGACUGUGCUGUCCCAUCAUGCAGUGCAGGCCGACCUCUCCCCUCUGCAGCAGGCCAUCAUCCGUUGGCAGUGUUACAGCAGCCAUCACCGCUCUCAGAGGAUGAGUUACGCUCUGCUCCUAAGGCUGCUGAAAACCGUGGAGGCAGAGUGGGAGGAUACCGCUGUGCACGGGGAGCAGGAGGGUCUCUUGGCAGAGAGCUUCAGACUUUACUGUGAUUACUGCCUGUCUCAAAUGAAGAGUAUGCGUCAAGUAUUCCCCUGCAACAAUUCUGCUGCCAUCAUACGCUGUGAGCUUAUGCUGAGGAGCAUUGGUCACAUGCAGUCAAUGGCAGCCUUCAGAGUCGUGUGUUCAAACCGCAGUGAACUGCACUUGGAAAUAGCAACAGUUAUAAAGAAAGGUACAGUUGAGUGGUAUGAAGGAAUAAUAUCAAACAUCAAACCAGAUGAAGGCACUCUAGAGGAGCAGCUGAGGCGUUUGGUUACGGUGGUGGAUGCAGUAUGUGUUGAUGUUCAGAGAGGACAAAAUGUCUACAACAAGCUUUAUAACAGCUCUGUCAAAGUUGACUUUUUCAGCAUCUCCUACCGGCAGUUAGAAAAACUUGUGGCAGAUGAUGUGAAUGUGGCAAUGGAGCGAGUGUGUGGGAACCUGGAGCAGGAGAGUUCGAGACUCACCCAAACCAUGGGAGAGACCCUUUUUGAGCUCUACAUGUCUCUGAAGUCCCUCAAGCGCUUUAGGGAGUUUCUGCCUCUUAAAGACACUAAGAUGUUGGCUCUAACUGGAUUUCACAACUGGUUUAAGACCUCUAUUCAUAAAUGGCUGCAGAUUGUACAUGAACGAUCCACUGACAGGAUCCGCAAAGCUGUGGAAAUGGAUCAGCUGGAGCCCAUCCAGAGUCAGACCAAACACAGCUCCUCGGCGGUGGACAUCACAACAUGCUUUAGCCAGGUGCAGGAGUUCUGGGCCCAGCUGGCGUGGCCUGAUUCAGCGGGAGCCUUCAUUUUCAUCACACGUCUGACGGACAAUUUCUGCAGCGAGGCGGUGUGUUACGCCGAGCUGAUCAAGCGCAAGAUUGAAAGAGGCCAGCUGGGACGAGACCACAAGAGUUUCAUCGUACAGGUUUGUGUCGCUCUGAAUAGCACAGAGCUUGUGCGCGUGUACCUGGGGGGUCUGCCACGGGAGCUGGACUGGCGGGGGGUCGAACAGGCCAUGGAGGAGUCAUGCGGCUUGGAAGGAAAGGAGCAGGUCAACAAGUCCCUCAAUGAUCAGCUCUACAAUGCUGAUAUCGAUCUGCAGAGGGAGGCCAAGCGCCUAAUCACACACCUUACUGAUAGGAUGCUUCCUGAACUCAGAAGAUGUAUUCAACACAUCAGCCUAUCUCCAGACUCCAUUAACACUGAUGAGGCUGUGGCUCCUCUGAUGAAGUACCUAGAUGACACUCUAGUCGUCCUCAAUGAGUCACUGGUUAAAGAGAAUCUAACAAGGGUUCUGCAGAGUCUGUGGGAGCUGCUCCUGCGGAUGAUCCUGGACACUGUGGGGGAAAACAGGGGCGUCCAGGUGGAAUUCUACACACGGUUCCAGUACACUGUAGAGACACUGGUGCGGUUCUUCCAUGCUGAUGGAGAAGGGCUGCUUUUGGAAGACCUUAAGAGUGGAGAAUAUAAGGCCCUGGACGAGGAGCUACGUCUGAACAAAUGCUCAUCCUUUGAGCUGAUCGAACAGUAUUUCCUGGAGAAAAUCUCCCAGCAGAGAAUCUUAAAGCACAGUCGUUUUGGUCGUAUCAGUGUGAAGUGUUACUAUGAUGCCCCUGAGCAAAGACUCACUGUGGAGAUACUGCAUGCAGCUGACCUCAUUGCUCUGGAUGCGAACGGCCUCAGCGACCCAUUUGUCAUCGUGGAGCUGUGUCCUCACCAUCUGUUCCCCACGGCUCGGAGUCAGCGCACCCAAGUGAAGCUCAAAACCCUGCAUCCGGUUUUUGAUGAGCUUUUUUACUUCCAUGUCAGCCCUGAGCAGUACAGGCACAGGUGUGCCUGUCUGACCUUCACUGUAAUGGACUAUGACUGGUUGUCCACGAAUGAUUUCGCUGGCGAGGCUGUUGCCCCACUGAGUGACUUCUGCUGGCCGGGCAGGCCAAGUGCCACACCUGCUGGAAAGACCCUUCAACCCGUUAUCCUGCACUUGUCUCGCCAAAAACCAAGCGAAAAGCCCAUCAUGAAGAUGCUGGAGGCGAGAACGGGAGACAGAGAGGCUCAAGAGUUUGUGCGAAAGCUGAAAGAGAUCGAGAAGUCAAUGGAGGAAGAGUAAUGUGUCCCCUGUAGUGCACGUAUUUCUGCUGGUGGUCUUUUUUACCUGUUGUUUACUCUUUAAAUGUAAUGUUUACUCUUUAAAUGCAAACUCUUUUAAAUGUAUUUUUCACUGUUGUCAAGAAAAAAAGGUAGUAUUUUAUCACUGUUCAGCACUUAAUGUGUGCUGUGUUUUGAUGUUGAAGCCCUCUGAUGGAGCUUACUGUUCAUAGGAUUGUAUGAAUUUAGUAGUAGAAGGGUCUAUUUUGAAAGAAGCAUUUGAAUUUGAACACUUAUCUGAGCUUAUAGAUUAUUACUUGAACUCAGAGAACUUGAACUCUGAAAUAGACACAAGAUGUUUACUUGAGGAUUUUCAACAAACACUACAGAAGUAACAGAAGUUCUAUACAUGCAGCAGCUUCGCAAGGCCGCGUACACACUGCAGAUAAAUACAGAAAAAAAUUAAAUAAAAGUAUCAGUAUUUUGGCUUGUUUUCAAGUCUAAACAUUCUUUUAGAGAUUAGUUUUUCAUCUAGAAUAUGAAAAAAUACACAUUUUGUUCACUUUAGGAAUAGUAUAUUAAGUAUUUUGUUGCUUUUUUGUGUAAAAACAAAGAAAUUGUGCUUUUUUUCAGGUUUAUGCUUUUUAGCAUUACAAAUUUUGGGGUUAGUAAUU